AUGGAUAUGAGGCGCAGUGGAGGCGACCAGUUCACAUCAAUCGAUGAGUUCCCCUGGGCUGUUUUGAUCGAGUACGAAAAACCGAACAGUCAAUAUGGUUACCACUGUGGAGGAUCGUUAAUCAACGAACGCUACGUGUUGACUGCUGCUCACUGCGUCACGUCACUUAGUCCUGGCUGGAAGGUGCAUCGAGUACGGCUAGGCGAAUGGGAUUUGAGCUCCAAUCCCGACUGCAUCAAUGACGAGUACGAUGGUGGAAUACUCCAAGCGUGCAACAAUCCUCCGAUCGACAUGGACAUCGAGAAGAUCAUCGUUCACAGUGGCUACACUCACGCUAGGAACUAUCACCAUGACAUAGCGCUGAUCCGUAUGGCCGAGAACGUACUAUACUCGCUAUCAGUUCUACCCACUUGCCUACCGCUAUCCAACGAGAUGGUCAACAUUAGUCAUGUAGAUUCUUCCACCUACGAUGUGGGUUGGGGCAAAACUGACAAACAUUCAACCAGUCACUUAGUUAAACUAAAGGUUGAAAUGAUCGUGCAGAGCUUGCAGAAAUGCAAGCCGUUUUACCGGCGCCACCGCGCAUCUCUGACGGAAACACAGAUGUGUGCCGAAGGAACGAAAGAAAAGAGUGCCUGCGUUGGUGAUUUGGGAGGUCCGUUAAUGCGUAUGGUCGGCGAUGUCUGGUAUCAAAUAGGACUGGACAGUUUCGGCCCAAAAAGGUGUGGUAUCGGCUUCCCUUAUGUGUACACAGACGUCUCGAAGUACGUUGAUUGGAUUCGCGAAAAUGUAUGCUAA